CGGCCGAACAAGAAGAAGCAGAAAAUUAAAUUGCCAAACUGAUCGCGAUCGGUGACUGCAAGGCUGACUCGCAGUUCGCUUGCUCGGCAAAAGGCAGACCCCGGUUGAGAAUAGUGAUCAUUACUUCGUUUGGAUUGGUUUGAGGCACUACAUCGCUCACGCCACACCGCGCCCUGGACAGAAAGAUUGUUCAAGUGCCGAUCAUCGCCAUUAUUUGCCAGUGAGCUGAACGAAUCAGGAUCAGUCUCAUCCGAAAAAGUAGUGAUCGUGCGAAUUGAAGAAGAACAAGAAGAAACGUAAACAUGAAACCCUGUAGUUGGAGUGUGACGGCGUUGCUGCUGGUGGUGGCACUAUGUGUUGGGACCACUUUAGCAGCUCCCAGCACCCGGGUGAAACGGGAGGACGAGCUGAAAGCUGAAUCUGCCGGCGUCAAUCCAGUCUUGGCCGAGGACGCCUCGUUAAGUGACGACCUUGACCGUGACAAGCGAAAAGCCCCACCGUCCGAUCCGAAAUUCGAAGCCAAAAAUGCCAUCCUCGGAUUCGUGUUUGGAAAAAUCAACUCCAUCAUUGAUGCCAAGACCCGACUUGUGGACAAACUAGACCACGCUAACAUCGAGAAGAACAAGCAGUACCACAUUGAAUCACCGAAACCGAUUCCCAGCUUCCAGUCGCUGGUCAAUUCGGUGAUAACUCCCAAGGUGCAGUUCAUCACCCACAAGAUCGGUGCUCUCAGCGGUGGCUUCCUGGGUGGUUUGUCCGGAAGUAAUGGCGGUGGACACGGUGACGAUCACGAUGACCACGGAAAAGCUCCCAAUCUGGGUGGUGUUGUCUCGUCGCUGUUGAAGCUGUCCGGACCAAUCCUGUCCGGUUCGUCGGGAUCGUACGGUGGUAAUUCGGUGUCUCACGAUGAUCAUGACGAUGAUGAUGAGUAGAUCCGUCAUCUGUUAGUUUCUGUUAGGAGAAAUUUGUUAACUAUUUGGAUUUGGUUUUUAUCAUUCAGGAUACAUAAUAAAAACAAUCAUGUGUAAAAAUGUUCCAUGCGCCGCGUCCACACAUUCACACAGUCACAAGUAAAACAAAAGAAUCAUGUUCAUCGCGAUCAUUCAUACGACAAACGAGUAAAUUCUAGUUAGGGAAGAGUCAUAUAGCUAGGGGUUUUGAAGUGAAACAGUAAUUCGAAUUGGUAGGAAGCUUUUUAAUAAAUAAAUCGAACCAAUUGUAAAUAUCUAAACGAAAAUAAAUCGAAAAAAUAAAAAUGUGUAACAAAUGGA